CUUCCCACUUGGUGCAAGUUCAUGUUCUUAACUUAAGCAUCCUCUUCUUUGGAUCAUCCUAACUCACUCUUCAACCCUUUUUUUUCAAGAAAAAGAAUCAAUGGAGCUCUCUCACCAUGGUUUCUUAGAAGAAUUACUUCAAGCUCCAACAAUUAGAGACAAUCAUUCUACUAAUUGGCCAACUAAUUUCUCUACAACUGUCUCUAAUGAUCAGUUCUUUAGUAAUGGCUCAUGGAAUAAUUUUGAUUCUUUUGAUGAAAAUAAUACAAGUUUAUCAUCAUCUUCUGCAACUCCAAAUCCUUCUUCUUUUUUAGGGUUACCUACAUUUGAUUGUUCUAAUUUUCAUGACCAAACUUACCCUUUUUUUGAUGGCUUAAUUACCACUACAGUACCUUCUGCAGAACUUAAUGACCAUUCUGGUCCUUUUCAAACCCAAGAAAAUUACCCAUCAUUUGUUGAAGAUGAAGAACUCGGUAGUGCUCUUCUUAGAAAUCAUAGUUUUGAUGAAAGAUUAAGCUGCAAAGCUGAGAUUAAUAAUAAUAAUAAUUGUCAGAUUUUCAAUGUUGGUUUGAGUUCAGAGAAAAAAAACAAGUCCAAGAAAGUUGAUGGACAACCUUCAAAGAAUUUAAUGGCGGAAAGAAGAAGAAGAAAGCGAUUAAAUGACCGCCUUUCGAUGCUAAGAUCAAUAGUCCCCAAGAUCAGCAAGAUGGAUAGAACUUCAAUUCUUGGAGACACCAUAGAUUACAUGAAAGAGCUUCUUGAAAAGAUUAAUAAGCUACAAGAAGAAGAAAAUAGUGAAGAGAGUACUAAUGAAAUGACCAUAAUAUCCAGCUUAAAUGAGAUUAAGCCUAAUGAAGUACUAAUUAGAAAUUCCCCUAAGUUUAAAGUUGAUAGGAGAGAAAUCGAUACUCGAAUCGAUAUCUGCUGUUCAUCAAAGCCAGGAUUAUUGUUGUCAACUGUGAACACAUUGGAAGCAUUAGGCCUUGAGAUUCAGCAAUGUGUUAUUAGUUGCUUCAAUGAUUUUUCUGUGCAAGCUUCUUGUUUAGAGGAAGCUGAGCAGAGAACAGUACUAAGUCCUGAAGAAAUAAAACAAGCAUUGUUCAGAACUGCUGGUUAUGGAGGAAGAUGUCUGUAAAAGAAAAUGUUAGAUUUGGAUAUUUCUAAGUCUGUUUAAGGAAUUUUGCAACUAAGAUUUAUGUAAUAAUUAAUUAAUUAAGAGAGUGUUUUAGUUUAAUAUGUUAAUUAAUAAUCUCCAUAUUCUCA